AUGGGCCGCAACAAGAAGAAGAAGCGAGAUGGCGACGGUCGGCGGUCCCGUCUCGUUCUUAGCUUCGACGAGGAUAAGAGGCGGGAGUACCUGACAGGCUUCCACAAGCGGAAGGUGGAGCGGAAGAAGGCAGCCAUCGCGGAGCUCAAGCAGCGGCUGAAGGAGGAGCGAAAGAAGCUCCGGGAGGAGCGCCACCAGGAGUACUUAAAGAUGCUGGCCGAGAGAGAGGAAGCUCUGGAUGAGGCAGAUGAGCUAGAGCGGCUGGUGACGGCAAAGACAGAGUCAGUACAGUACGACCACCCCAACCACACAGUCACCGUGACCACCAUCAGCGACCUGGACCUCUCAGGGGCCCGGCUGCUCGGACUGCCACCACCUGAGGUAGGUCCUAGGACCAGGGCUGAGGAAGACGUGUCAUCCGUGGAGAAGCCAACCAAAGCCUUACCCAGGAAGUCUAAGGACCCCCUGCUGUCCCAGCGGAUCUCCUCCCUCACGGCGUCGCUGCACGCACACAGCCGCAGAAAGGUCAAGAGGAAACAUCCCCGACGGGCCCAGGACCUGGCCAAGAAGCCACCGAGCGCCACUCGCACCACCAAGAGCCAGCGCCGCCGGCUGACAGGCAAAGCCCCUCUCAGCAGGGAGUGA